ACAGCAGUCAGAAGGCUGAUGCCUCUAUGUCAGGCAAGCAUGAAGACAGUUGCAGUAACUUUCUGUCUCCUCUGCUUUCAGUUUGAAGCCUUGUGUGGAGUGGAUACUUGCUCAUCAAGAUUGUGCAAAAAUAUAGAUAAGCUUCAGGUCUCGGACCCCCAGGGGAUAGUAGAAUUUGAAAAUGGAAACUUCAAGUUAAUAUUUCAAAACCCCAAAAAUGUGAACGAGUUCAGCAUGACCCUCCUCAAAGGGCGAGAAAGGAAGGCAAUCUGUGCACUCCAUAUGAAUAAUAAGAAAGCUGUCCCAGAGAGUAAUGUCACCUACUGCCAGGCAGAGCAUUCAGAUACCAGCACCACCUUCAUUCUCACAAAUCUGGACAGAAAGCACAUCGACACUUAUACCUGCUGCCUGGAAAGUUUAUUACCCCCCCCUUACAUACAUUGCCACUUGAAAGAAACCUAUUUGUACAUCCAAGAUAAGGAAGACUGCUCUUCACAAGGAAUCAUGUCAUGGAUAAUUAUUGGCCUGAUUGCAUUUGCCCUGAUUUUCUGUGUCUGCUUUGUAGUAGCCUGUCACUUAAGGAAUAAGAAUCAGCAGUGUGAAUCCAACUCCCAUGAGUACAACAGUGAAUACAUGCCCAUGGCAGCAGUGAAUGCAGCUAAAAAACCAAGAAUCUGAGGUUCAAAUUGCUUACGGCAUAGAAAUUCUGGCAGCAGAAGUUUCCAGCUACUUGAACCUGGAUAACAGGAAAUCAGCAUUUCCUCACCUUCCUCUGCCUCCCUGAGCUCUUAUGAUGGCCCUGUGCUCAGUCAUGAUACUGAUGUCUAGUACUAGUACUGUUCUAAGCUGUUUUGCUCUCACCUUGCGUGUUAAUUGGCACACUGCCUGAUCCACUGACUUGUGCAUGAAGUGCUAACAAUGUGUUAAAGAUGUCAGCUUUUAGCUGAAGAAAAUGUUGUGUUUGCUUGAGAGUAGAUUCCUGUAGUGCUGCUACAGGGGGAACUUCUAUUUUCUACAGUCUCUAUGGUAAACUUUCCACUGGGAACAAAAGAAAAAGACUACCUCCAAUGCCAAUCCUUGUGGCUUAGCAAUACGCACUGUCAGUGCAUUGCACAAGCCCUUUUGUUAGGGCUAAUCUAUGAUGCCAUGAAUUCAUCCUAAUAUUCACUGUCAAACUUCUAUGCACCACACUAGGAGUGAGCAGUAUGCACACAUGUUCUCCUGCAAGCUGUGAGACAGCAGGGAAACAAAACCUGAGAAAGCACAGCAGAGACUUUACUCUGACUCAGAACCUCAAGCACAUGCAGCUGCAUUUUUUGUAUUUGUGCUGUUGGUACAUAUUUGCCAUUUGUACAUUAGGGACCCUCUUAUUUAAUUAAAUUCUGAAUUCUUCUAUCAGAAGAGGAAUUUUUACUAUAACUGUUCUUUAAAUCAGUUCAAACCUGUGGAAUUGCUCCCUCAACUAGGAGGUGUGAUCUCUUCCUUUCUUAACAGCCCAAAUACAACAGAGUCCUCAAAACCAGUGUAUCCAUGGACUCUUCUUUGCAAUUAUGUUCCUCUUGUGUUUUGACAUGAAACCUUUGCCACUUCCCUAGUGGGUUUAGGGGUUACUUGACCAGCAGAUUGCUCAGAGCCUAUAAUACGAAUAAAUUAAUUGAAUGAAUGAAUAAAUGAAUGAAAUUAUCAAUCCUUCAUUUUAUUUGUGAAAUCCACCCAAACUCUGGACCAUAAAUGACCAACUGGGAAUCCUACCUGAAUAUAUUGCCAAAAUUUGGCUGCAUGAAGCAGAGCAGUGCACUGUUGAGUCUCUUUGUAAUUCUUUGGCAAAACAAAUAUUGCUCAGAGGAUACAACGCUGUUUGUCUGGUAAACAGAAGUCUAGUUUCAAAUUUGAUAGAGUAAACAGAGAUCAUCAGGCAUGGGAAGGAUGCAAGCUGGUAUGUCAAGAACAGAGUUUUCCUCAACAGAAGUCUAAAUACGUAGAGGUAUUGCAGAGAGAAGGUGUAAAUUGUUCUCUGCGGCAUUAAGCAAAGGGAAAAUGAGAAGGGUACUGAAAGAAGUGGGGACUUCCAAUUUAGCAGGAGCUAACCCACUAAAACAACCAGCUCCUAGGUACAGAUGUAGAGGGGCAGCCUGGUAUGCUGGGUAAUAUUCUUUUCUGUCAUUCCAUAAAUACAUAAUAAUAAAUACAUAAUUUUGCCAGUUUAUUUAAGCUCCCUAUCAAACAAAAAUAUCCUCCACAAAUACAUGGUUUCAAUAUUUUGAAAAUCAUUGGUAAAAAAAAUGGAUUUGAAAAUUAUCAGUGAAUAAUAACCUCUACUGCUUAUGAUAAAUGCUUGAUAUAAAAUACUGUGUAACAGAGGAAUCUUGCUCCCUGGAACUUCCAACCAAACUGAGAGAGAAAUUCUUGGAAUAAAGAAUUUCUGAAAGAAUGAAAAAAAAAGAGGUUUGCUUGAGAUGCUUCUGUGAAAAAGAUACGUCAAAAUAUGUUGUACUCUAGAAAGACAAACGGAUUAAACCCACUGUAAAAAAGCUUUGGGAAGUCUCAGGUUUCAUCACUGCUUUUAAAUUCUUAAUAAAACCUCUUUUAUUUGCUAUAC